GUCGCGACCGGUGGUUCUGGAAGGUUCUGCGUGAGAUUUUCGGAGCGGAUCGUAAUCUGAGGCCAUCCGUACCGGACAGACGUGCUAGAGACACCGGGAACCGUCCAUCUGCGUCUGUGAUCUCCGCGGAUUAAAACCAUAUAAAUAUUAGCAGCCAUGCCUGAAGCCGUCGUGGCUGCAAGCGGGAUCAAAAACAAAGGAAGCGCGUAUGUGGACCGGGACAAACCUGCCCAGAUCCGCUACAGCAACAUAAACGCUGGGAAAGCUGUCGCAGAUGCCAUCAGAACAAGUCUGGGCCCUAAGGGCAUGGAUAAAAUGAUCCAGGAUGGGAAAGGAGACGUCACCAUCACUAAUGACGGAGCCACGAUCCUCAAACAGAUGCAGGUGCUGCAUCCCGCAGCCAAAAUGAUGGUUGAGCUGUCUAAAGCUCAGGAUAUCGAGGCUGGUGACGGCACUACAUCAGUGGUGGUGAUUGCUGGAGCUCUUCUGGAUGCCUGCGCUAAACUGCUACAGAAAGGGAUCCACCCGACCAUCAUUUCCGAGUCCUUCCAGAAGGCUGUGGAUAAAGGUGUGGAGGUCCUGACAUCCAUCAGUACACCGCUGCUGCUCAGUGACCGCGAGAGUCUCCUGAACAGCGCCUCCACCUCGCUCUGCUCUAAGGUGGUGUCUCAGAACUCCAGUCUGCUUGCGCCUAUGAGUGUAGAUGCUGUCAUGAAGGUCAUCGAUCCUGCUACCGCGACCAGCGUCGACCUCAGAGACAUCAACGUGGUCAAGAAACUCGGAGGCACCAUUGAUGACUGUGAGCUGGUGGACGGGAUGGUUUUGACUCAGCGGGUGGCGAGCACCGGAGUGUCCCGUGUAGAGAAAGCCAAGAUCGGCCUCAUCCAGUUCUGUCUGUCCCCUCCCAAAACUGAUAUGGACAAUCAGAUCGUGGUGUCGGACUACGCUCAGAUGGACCGUGUGCUGCGUGAGGAGAGAGCCUAUAUCCUCAAUCUGGUCAAACAGGUGAAGAAAGCCGGCUGCACUGUGCUGCUCAUCCAGAAGUCCAUUCUGAGAGAUGCUCUGAGUGAUCUGGCCCUCCACUUCCUCAACAAGAUGAAGAUCAUGGUGAUCAAAGACAUCGAGCGGGAGGAGAUUGAGUUCAUCUGCAAGACUAUCGGCACCAAACCCAUAGCUCAUAUUGACCAGUUCACUCCAGAGAUGCUGGGAAGCGCAGAGCUAGUAGAAGAGGUCAGCCUGGACGGAUCCGGAAAACUAGUGAAGAUCACAGGAUGUGCAAGUCCUGGAAAGACGGUCAGUAUUGUUGUGCGUGGCUCUAACAAACUUGUGAUUGAGGAGGCUGAGCGCUCCAUCCAUGAUGCUCUCUGCGUCAUCCGCUGCCUGGUCAAGAAGAGAGCUCUGAUUGCUGGCGGUGGAGCACCAGAGAUCGAGCUGGCGCUGCGGUUGGCCGAAUACGCCCGCAGUCUGGGCGGCAUGGAGGCAUACUGUGUGCGAGCGUACGCUGAUGCCCUUGAGGUCAUUCCCUCCACGUUGGCAGAGAACGCAGGACUCAAUCCCAUCUCCACUGUCACCGAGCUGCGCAACAGACAUGCUCAGGGUGAAACGACAGCCGGGAUCAACGUCCGCAAGGGGGGCAUUUCCAACAUCUUGGAGGAGCUGGUGGUUCAGCCUCUGCUGGUCUCCAUCAGCGCUCUGACCCUCGCCACUGAAACGGUCCGCAGCAUCCUCAAGAUCGACGAUCUCGUGAACACACGAUAAAGUGUUUGAAGAAGGAAGAUCCAAACCCCGCGCCGGCACUCCGAUAAGACCAACUGAUCUGUCGCUGUCUGUAGAUGUUACCUGGAGUAAUUUAAUUAAACAUGUUUUUUUUGA